CAGCGCUCCAGCGUGUCCGGGUCUACAGAGAGGGCUGCCAACCAUACACAGUCUCGUCGCCACAUAUAAACUACAAUAUUUUUGGAGUGGCUAAGAUAUAAGUAUAGUUGUGGUGGAGAGAGAUGUGGAGCUCGGGCAGCGCGGGCGCCGUCUUCCUCCUGGCCUUCCUCAGCCUGGCCCACACCGACGACAGGUUCACGUGUUGCAUGGGAGGGUGGAAGGUGAUGCGGGGGGUGACCCUGUGCCCGGCCCCGUGCUGCCCGGGGUAUGAGAUCAGGACCCUUCACAUGCCCCUCCUCAAGUCCCCCAUCAUCUGCCAUAAGCUCACCCAGGAGGAGCUCAAGAAGAAGAAGGAGGCCAGGAUGGCCGCCACCACCACCACCGCCGCGGCGGCCUCCACGCCCUCCCACCAGGACCUGCUGGACGACGAGCCGCGACGAAUGAUCAGAGCGUCGUCCGAGUUCCAGGACUUCCUCUACCGCCACCGUCACUUCCUCCUCCGGCUCAUGAAGCAGGGGUACUCCCGCAAGGAACUUCUCACCAGCAUGGAGCACUUCUUGGUAACAGUUCUUCCAUCCUGGUUGGAGGAAGCUGAGGUGUAGUCACCGAAUAUAAGCAAGCAAAAAGUGAAUAGCCGACAGUACAAUUUCCACAGUGAUUUGGAUAACUCCAGUACAGACGCUUUGGAUUUACUUCAUCUCUUCAACCUCAAGAAUGUUGCACUCGGCGUGUACAGUUUUAAUCGACCCCAAAACACUACAGUUUCAACUCAGAGCAGACAGCAGACCAGGACCGCAUCGAGCUACAACGCUCUCUCAAGCCCCAUCAAGUUUAGACACAUACGACUCCUCAAUCGAGCCGCCAGGCUCUCCCACAUAGAGCUCCGCGACUCCGGCCACUCAGCUCUGCUCUGCUCCAAGCUCCGUCUCAACGUCUACGACACUGAUGUAUCCAAGAAUACUAAAUAAAUAUGAAAACCCACUAAAUACUGUGCACCUAAUCUACCCAAAAACGUAACUUAAUCGUACGUUACACUAUCAUAAGCUAACACAAUUCAUCCACGCCUCUUACCCGUCACCAUGGUACUGUAGAGCCCUGUUUUGGACUUGCCCGCUCAUGUGUCGCCAGCAUCUGUCUGUGGACUUUGUUCAUCUGGGGGUUGAGGUUUACCUUAGCCGCCUUCAAUGUCAUAGAAAUUGUCGGUUUCUAGGUACGGUAAUUGUCGGUACGGCUUCCAGGACUAAUGAGUGUCUCGGAAGGCACCUUAUACUACAUAACACAUAGUACAAGCUGAAGCAUUGAACUAUGUGUUAUGACCCCAUGCAGCCUGGUGGAACGAGUCUACUCCAGUGAGAGUUAUUCUGCUUUCCGAACCUGAAAUUAAGAGGGCAGAGGAAGGAAAAUAUCUAAUAAACGUCAGUGAGUAAUUUAAGAAUACGAGCGGAGGAUGAGCGUCUAAUAAAAAUGACAUGGAAUGAGAUGUCGAUACUUUGGUGAUGUGACGUGACGCUAGCAGGACGUCAUGACGUUACUUGAGUCACAGCAGUCGUCAGAGAUGGUCGUACUUCGUUGAUCUCCUGGAAGAAGGAAGAAUAUAGUGCCUUGUGUUAGCGGUGAAGUGAAGGCUACUUGUUUUCAAGUGUGAGGAAGCUGUUGGGAACAUAGUACACCAUUUCUCUGUGAUUUGGAUAUAUUAGAGGUGGCCUGGAAGCGAGUGUUUGGUCGCGCCUUUGUGGAACUCUAAUUGUGUACUCCUUGAAGAGGAAGGAAGCAUAGCAAGCAUUUCUGUGUGGAGCCUGCCCAGUGUACUCAAGUUAGGAUUGGAAGAAACCUUGUGAAGCAGUCUUAAAGCGAUUUUUGGUUGGAUUUUUAUGGGCGGCCUGUGUGAGCACCAUGUUGAGCACCAGGGCGUGAGCCCCCCACGUCACAGAUUCCUGCAGUUUGUGUGGGAAGAAGCUAAUGGAGGAACUUUGAGGCUGGAGAAGAAGUUAAUGGAGGAAUUUUGAUCCUGGAGAAGAAGUGUAUGCUGAUCUCUGAGGUAGCGCAGAACUCCAUAGUGAGGAGCUGAACUUCAAGCAUUGUUGGGAAGCUACACGAUUCUUUGUGGAACCAGUGAAGGAGUGUCACUGAUGUUGGAGUUAGACUUCGUUGUGCAGUAGAUUGGGAGAAGUGCAGAAAGUGCCUUUCCUGAUAUUUUGGAGGACCUAGAGAUUUGCAUUGAUAGUGAGCCUCUAGGAGGAGAACAGAGGAUCUUCGUGGACACAUUAUUGAAUAAGGGGAGUGUUUGAAUGCUUAUUGGCAUAUAAGAAGCAGUGUAAGGUGAGAGAAUGAUUUUUCUUUUGUUGGGAGAUACUUGUGUUGAUGUUUCAUGUACUUCAGCCCCAAGCAGUGAGGAAGUAGUAGGUUGUGAGCUAAGAGUUGUGCAGCGGUCUGUUACAGAUAGUUGGUGAAGUCAGGAUAUGAUAUUGGAGUGUUACUAGGUUGUAGCAGCUUAGAGUGUUGUAUGGUAAUAUUGUAUAUUAUAUGUCUUUUAUUAUGUAUGUUUUUAUGUAUUAAAUGUUUUAUAUGUUA